AUGUCGAGCAGCGCAUCCUUUCCGCGCGGUCUCGAUAGUAGAAGCAUGUCUGCUGGAAGUCCCAAUGCUCUUGGCAACGGGCUGUUGACUCGCGAAAACCUGGCUGCCCUCCCCAACAACGGCAACGCUACCUUUCCCGGUCGAUUGCGAUCUCAAACUGUCACUCAGAUGAACUUUCAGCAUGCCGCACCUCCCCGGCCAGGACUGGCUCGUGUAUCCACCAUCGACAGUUGCAGAGCUUCGGUCUUGACCGACAGCACCGAGUUCAGCACAUCGAGCACCAUCAAUCGAGGUUAUGCGGCUCGCAUCGACGUCAAUGGCAAAGUGAAGCCGCUUUCAUCCACGCCGGACAGACACGCAUGCCAGACCAUCGCUUUCCUCGAGGGUCCAUCGGACUCGCUCGACUACAAGACCUACCGACCCGGCGACGAGAUCAAGGGUGCCGUUCACCUUCUCCGCGACGAUCCAGAACGCGGCAUCAUCACCGGCAUCAAGGCUCGCAUCAGGGGAGAUCUCGAGACCAGCAUCUUCGGUGUAGGCGACUCAAGCUACUACUCGAUGGACAAUGAGCACGGCAUUGCUCGUCGACAGCUCCUCUUCUUCUCGGAGCAGAAGACGCUCGUGACCAAGGCUGACCUCGAAUCGGGCGCUUUUGGCCUCGAGCAGACCGGCCUCGUCGACCAUGGUCGACGCAACAACCUCGCUGUUCCCUUUAGCUUUGUCUUGCCGCUCAAGCUGCACGCCUCCGCUCUCGAUAUGCUCGACAGCAAGCUCAAGAAGACCUUUAAGCAAGGCAAGAAGUACAUCGACCUUCCUCCUUCCAUCGACAUGGAGACUCGCUACGCUCCACCAAGACCUCAUCAGCUUUUCGGUCGGGCCAAGGACAGGCUCCACGGUCAAAAGCUGCGACCAAUGGCACGGAUCAAGUACGAGAUCGACAUCAUUGUCAGCAGGCAGCGAUUCGGGUCGAUGCUGCUUCCACACAAGCGAGGAGAACGUAUCAUCCUGUCUUUCGCUGUUGAGCCGUAUCCACCACGCACCGCGGGCCUUGCUGUGCCCACGCUCGAACCAAUUCGUGCCCGCCGGGUAACUUCGCGAGGUGACCGUGCGCCCUCGAAUGACCGCAACGCUUCCAGCGACUCGGCAUCUAUCCGCUCGAGCGAGUCACAGGAGGACGAGGCUGCCGAUGAGGAUUCGUGGGCGUCGGAUCUGGGCGGGUUCCGUCCCACGCAAGAGGUGUUCGGUGCGCUGCCUCUCGAAGCUGCUCCAGCCUUUGCUCCCAGUUCCAUCGCCCGGUCCAUCUCAAGACCAGGUCUCCCUGGCACCCGACGCAAGAGCUACAUCAAUGUCAAGGAAGGCGUCGACGGUCGCAUGAAAGGCUGGCUGACCCACUCGCUCGAAAGCUCACUGCGUCAAGGUCACGGCUCGUUCGAAGCCAUCCUCUCGGUGCCCGCCAUGGCCGCGCUGUACAUGGAGACCAAGAUUCCUUUCAGUUUGGAGUUGCGCAUGCCGAAACAACUCGUUGGAUCGUACGUGCCCCGGGUCGAGUUGGCACUCGUCCGUUCCGUCAUGACUUACUCGCGUCUCGGCACUCUCGUCAUCGAGAGGGAGGAUCCGGACAAUCUUGCCAGCUUCAGCGGUCCCCACUCGUGGUCCGAGCGCAUCCGCAUGGUCAACAUGGAACGUCAGUCCGACGACCACCUGCCCCCCUUCUACGAGCAAGGCCAGGCAAGGCAGAUCUACACGGGCAACUUUGCCAUCGGCCGAUACGAAAAAAUGAUCAAGGCAGGCUCGUCGGCGCCUCUGAAGCAGAAGCUGAUUCAGGAGCCGGAACUGAGGCUGGUCGUGCCCAGUUUCUCCUUCAAGGCGCUCAGGAUCGAGUACAGGCUGAGGGUCAAGAUCUCGCUUCCUGGUCCAGCCGAGCCGCAAGCAUCGACAUCAUCCUCGCUAGCAGCAGCUGCGGCAGCGGCAGAGCAAUUUAUGGUCAUGGAAACGCCCCCUGUGCACGUCGCCGCUAACCCGGACACCGUCGAUUUUACCCGACAGCAGGUGGCCGAGUCGCUGGACGAAGAUUCUCUGUCAACAGUCGAUCUGCUGGACGAGGAUGACGAGAGAAUGCUCGAGGCUUCCGCUUCACGAAUCGCGCGUCGUCCCACCACGCCUGUCACCCCGCUCACCGCUGCUGACGACCAGGACGACGAGGAAUACUCGGCCCAAGCCACACCUUUGGCACGAACACCUCGUCGACGUUCGCUCGACCUUUCUGCCCUCACCACCCUCACCUCCACCACCCCUGAACAGAGCGAAACACUCCUCUCUUCAGCCGCCUCCAUCAUCAGCGAUUCCAGUUCUUCGCCUGCACUCGAAGUGCCCUCCCUCGACCCGAUUCCCGACGAAGCCGACGUCGACGACGAAGACGAGCUCACCGAGCAGCUCGCUCUGGGCCUCAUCGAUCGCGAACACGCGGCGGCUGUGGUUGCGUCCAGAAGGAGAGCCGCGACGAUCACGGCGUCGUCGUCGACGGUGCAGGCUCUACCGAGUUACUCGGACAGCAUCGGCAUUCUCGGUUGA